GUUUUUUGGUAUAAAACCGAAUAAACCGAAAACCGACGGUAUAUAAACCGAACCGAACCGGAGUAAAUAUGGAUUUAGAAUGGUAGUUAUAUUUUACUAACCGAAAUACCGAAAACCGAAAAAAACCGAACCGAAACCGAACCGAUAUCCGGAUUGAACACCCCUAGCUACUACAUAUGGAAUUACAAAGGAAGUGAUCUUUCCAAGGCAGGUAGCCAUAAACACUGCAGGUUACUAUUACUACAUCUUGCAGUGCUUUCUUUCUUAGAUUUCUGACAUACAUAACUUUAUGUUAAAUAAAGAGGGAAACUAUUUUCACUCAAGAACACGAGGGCUGGGAAUUUUAGCAGAACCGAAUUGAAAAAUUCGGUUUCAGUAAUUUUUUUUGGUUUUUGAUUUGGUUCGGUAAUCGGUUAGUUCGGUUUUCUAACAAAAAAAUUCAAGCAGUACCAAUCUUAAUCGAAAUUCCAAACUGAACUAGCCAAAUUCUAAACUGAAAUAACAUAACUAACCGAAAUAGGCGACAUACCAAAAUUCGAACAGAAAUAACUAACUAACCGAAUAAGCAAACUAACUGAAAUUAACCAAUUUUUUUUGAAUAUUUAAACCGAAAAUUUAACCGAACUAACCGAAAAACGAAAACUUUGGCAAAUUUUUUAAAAACCGAAACCUGAAACGAACCAAAAAUUUUUCGGUUUACUUCGGUGAUAUUUCAACCGAUCCGAACUAACCUAAUAAACCAAACCCCGCAUGUCUAAAGAACACUAUCAACUAUAAGACCUUUGUUUGGGUAUCUUUGCUUAUUAAGCCAGAUUUUCUUAGACACAAAGAAGUGGAGAAAUACUAUCCCAUUUUCUCUGUCUCUCCACUCCAUGGACUUGCAACUGAAGCAAUGGAGAAUUCAGCAGCAGAAUGAGUCAGAAGAACAAAGCUAUGCAACUAAGAUGUCCAAGUCUUUCUCCCAUCAGAUUCAAUCUCAAACUGCAACUUCUGCUACUGCUCUACCUCUCUUUGUUCCUGAACCCACCACUUCUUCAUCCUUCUCAUGUUUCUCUCCUGAUUCUUCCUCGUCUAGGUUGCUCAAGAUGGGAAACUUGUUUAGCUUGGCACAGUGGCAAGAACUUGAGCUACAAGCACUGAUAUACAGAUACAUGCUGGCUGGUGCUUCUGUUCCUCAAGAGCUCCUCUUGCCCAUCAAGAAAAGUCUCUUCCAUCAAUCUCAUUUGAACUUCCUUCACUAUCCUCUGCAACAUAACUUCCCCCAUCACCAACCCUGGUACUGGGGAAGAGGAGCAGUGGAUCCUGAGCCAGGGAGGUGCAAGAGAACGGACGGGAAGAAAUGGAGAUGUUCGAGGGAUGUUGUAGCCAGUUACAAGUAUUGCGACCGCCAUAUCCACCGUGGUCGAAACCGUUCAAGAAAGCCUGUGGAAACCACCACAAAUGCUGCCACAAAUGCCGCAUCUUCUUUUGCCUUAGGCGAGAAGCUUGGGCAGGGACCAGACAAUCUUUUCUUCUCCUCUAGCUCUUCUCAUUCUUCAACUCAGCAUCUCCACCUUAAUAGUCAUCAAAGUUGUUCUUCAGAGAUGAAACAAGAAAGCAACAACAAAAAGAGACCAUAUGAAGCUCACAAUAAUGGAAGAACAAACGAUGGUCACAUCCUGAGGCAUUUCUUUGAGGACUGGCCACAAUCAUCAGACUCAACCUCACGUCCAAUGAGCUCAUCGACUUGUCAUCAUUCCAUCUCCAUGCCCAGUUACGCUUCAUCAGAUGUUUCUCUAAAACUUUCCACAUGCAAUGAAGAAGAAGAAGCAAACAUGAUUAACAACAACAACAAUGAGAAGGAGCAUCAACAAAACAUGAAUUGUUUGAGCAGUGGAGGAAACGACUACAAUAUGGAUGGACCAUUGGCUGAAGCCUUGAGGUCAGCCUCUCCGACUUCCAGUCUUCUUCAACAAAUGGGAAUCUCAACUCAAAUCUUUCGUUGAAGAAAGUGUUAUAUGAAACAAAUCCUCUUUUAGCUACCUUUGAAUAUGCCUUUUUGCCAAAAAAUUAUGUCAGUUUUGAGUCUUUGUACAAGCAGAUGGAACUUAGCUUUACAAUCAAGACUUCCAGUAACAUCAGUGAGAUAUUUUAUGCAUUCAAAGCUGCCUAUCAGUCCUUUCUUUUAAAGUUUUCAUGAAUUUGCUGGUUACAGAAAAGAUUUGGUUACAAUGUCAAUGAUUAGGAGUCAUUCUAAUCUAUUGAAACCUAACCUACAUUGAAAACUGAAAAUCAUACCUAAAGUGAAUCGAGAAGGGAACAUUGGAUUCUUUCACUACUAAUCUGUGAAGCAAAACAUAAAAUACUGAACAAGGGAGUUAAAGCAUAAAACUCGAUUAAGUUAAUAGUAUUUAAAUAAGGCUUGGAAUUUUGAACCUAACUAAACCUCCGAACCGAACCAAACUUUUGGUUAGUUUGGUGAGAAGUUCAGUUCGAUUCAGUAGGUUUUCUAAAAAAACUUCAGUUUUAGGUUCGGUUCGACAACCGGUUACUUCAAUUUUCUUCUUUAAAGAACCCAAACCGAACCAACCAACUUUCAAAUUAAAAUAAACGAACUAAUCGAAAUUAACCAAAUCUAUCCAAAAUUUUAACAAAAUUAAACCAAAAAUAAAGGAAAU